AUCAACGAGUGUGAGAUACAAACGCAUAACUGCAGCUCCAAUGCUUUCUGUAACAACACUAAAGGCUCUUACAUUUGUACAUGCAAACCAGGAUAUAUCGGAAACGGCGUUAACUGCACAGGUAAAAUAAGUUCCAUUAACUUAAAGGUGUAUGUUACAUCUUUAGGGGUAAGGAUAGACAUGAUAGCACCGGAUAGGCCGCAUGUGAACAGGCUCACUUGAUCGAGUUUGGAGUUAUGGUAUAUAUUAAUGCGGCGGUGCCAUCGGCUGGAGCCGGCGAAACCGGCGAUAAGAAUAAAGCGAUUUUCCAGUUCCAUACUUAUUAAACGUUAACGUUAAAAAAGUAUUUGGAUAUUCGGCAACAAUCAUUAGCUGGAUUCGACGUUUUUGUUACGGCUUUCCCCACUUUUUUUCUUGACUAUAUUUUGCUAACUGCCGCAAAAAUCUCCUUGAGCAACUUUCUGUCAAUUUUGUUCACAUUUUGCUUUGUUCCUAUUGCAUAGUAUCUUGACACUUUUUAAAGAAAGAAUAUGCUCAACCUAAAACUGUUGGUUCCUCCACACUUGAAAUUCAUUAUGCCAUGCUUAUUAUUGAUUUAAAGUAUUCUUUAUUAUUUUCAGAAUUUAUGAACUCGUCAAUUUUGAACAGCAGUGAUUACUAUUUUGGUCAUUUGGGCAAUUUUCUGGAGACUGCGGUUGGGGACAAUUCUCACUGGUUGCUGUGCUGGCGUGCUACAUUGCAUGGCUGGAGCGCCAGUCAGUUUCACAGUCGCUGCGAUGGAAAGAACGACACUGUUACCAUCAUAAGGAAUGGCAAAUCCAUCUUUGGCGGAUACACGGAUAUUCCUUGGGGUAAGAAAAACUAAAUAAAGUCCCUUAUUUUAUCGUACUUUUCUCCUGCAAUAUAACAGCUCUACAAUUCUGAUCUACUUGCACUGUUUAUUGAGAAUUAAAUUCUUUGUUUGUUAGGUUGAAACGUCACUCUGGGUUUGUGCUUUGCCAGCAUGGGUCUUUACCCCCGAUAUGUCUGGUCGCCCCCUACCCAGAUUGGGGGUGUGGGGACUUUUCGUGGGACCGGUCACUCCUCUCUUUAAAACUAUUAAGGAAAAAAUAGUUCUUACAGUUUGUGACUCUGGCAGUAGCCUAACCUCCUGCCAAGUUCCAGAUGAUAAAUAGGUGUUUUCUAUAAAACCUUCGAGUUUUCCAACUGCCGAUUUUUCAUUUCUCUUGGAAAUUCGAGAAAUCGGUAUUCCAUUGUAUUCAUACGUUCUGUUUGUUUGUUUGUAAGAAUCCUUUAGUGGCUUUGGUAACGCUUCCAAAACUUUCAAUUUUCCCUUCAAAAAAAAAACGGCUGCCUCCGUUUGUGAGUAAAGUGGAGACACCAGGAAAGGCUCUUUUCAGGGAUUCAGCGUAUGGUCCAUGUUUUGGAUGAAACAUCAGGUCAUUACUAAUAGCCCACGUUUGAUAAAUUGGAAUUUUAACUACAUCACUUCAAGGCUUUAGGGACAAAACUGCAAAUUUUUCACGACUCUAUUGUCUCACAAUUUCCAGAGGAGACUUGCGCAAAAAGAAAACCAAACCAAAUAUAGAAAUAUGACCAGAAGGUUUCGGGGUCAUGUCAGAAUUUUGAUAUAUCAAAUGUCUUUGGGCUAUUAUGGCAACAGUGGCGCGUCUAAUGGAGUCCCCCUCCCUCUUAUUUUUAAUCCAAACCGAAGCCAAAACAAAUAAUUUUUAUUCUUGAGUGAGCCACGAUUCACUUAAGGUCUCCAUGAACCCCACCCAUCCUCAGCAACUUUCGUUAAGGCUUCGGUCCGUCUUUGCUGACAAUAAGGUCUUCUUCAGGGAAGCGAAGACUCUAAGCUUCCUUCCUUAGCGCGUGAGUUGUGACAGGUCUGUGAAAUAAUGGGAUCUGACAGGCACUGGAUUGCACAGACUUGCGGAUCGUGAAAUUUCAAAGGCAAAAAAGCUAAAUGUACUGAUGCCAGUGGAUGCAUCAAAUUUUUGUUACGGCAGCUACCGACCCGCUACAGUGUGUGUCAAGGAUGUGUCCUAAGAGAAUAUGCACUGCAAAACCAUAUAUUUUUUAUACCGAUAGUCAGUAAAGCCUGGCCAAGUGUCCUUGUCCUAAACAUUCCGUAUUAGAGCGGUGAGCCAACAAGAUUGUCCGUAAUAAAACGGAGUCUGCAUGUCCGUAUGUCUAGUGCCGAUCCAAUGGUUUGACUUUACACGUAGAGCAAAAUCCGUUGAAAUCUCCGGUUUGGUAACCUCGUAAGUUAUCCCACCACUAAGAAAUAAUAAUCAUGUAAUAAUGGCGUUAAAAGUGAAACGCUUGCUAAAAAAUCUCGAAUCCUUCAGGUUGUUGAUUUCCUGAUCAUUCAAUAGGGCGAUUGGCAGUUACCUUUACCUCAAUCAGUAUUAAUAGAUAUUCGUUUAAAUAAGAGGGCAAAAGAAAAGUGAACUCUGUUGGCUGUAGAAAAAUGACGUCAUUUUUAAUCGUGAAAAUGGGCUAUUAGUAUAGGUAAUAGCAGGAUUUGUAGUGAUAUUUGGCAUAAAUACCACGAGUGAUAUUUCAAAAUUGUUAUACGUAAUUUCACGAGCUGUUAGGGGAGUGAAAUUUGAGACAAUUUUGAAAUAUCACGAGUGGUAUUUAUGCCUAAUAUCACGUACAAGUCAUGCUAUUAUUUUUAUAUACUACUACCCGCAAAAGGGUUGUAAUUUUCACAUGUAAGUAUUUCAAAUUAAGCUGAAAUACCACUGCUCUAACCCAAUCAAAUUGCAGAAAAUUCUCAUGUAAUAGUAUAAUGGUCAGUAAUAGAAUGAAUUCAAACUUGAAAUUCAUUUUUUUAUUGAAGCAAACGUGAAAGCAUAUAUGACAAUUUUCUUUGUUUUUUAUUAUUAUUAUUAUUAUUAUUAUUAUUAUUAUUAUUUUAUUUAUUUUAUAUACUUUUGGUUUCCCAGAAUCCAGUGGUGGCUGGAGCGUUACUUCCGAAGCGUUUAUUUUUUCGCUCAACAAUAAUGAAGGCGUGGCACCGUUUGUGACCAAGAUGAAGAAAGAAUACUCAGGAGGGGCAAUUAACAGGAGUUCAGGAUACGGUCCAUAUUUUGCGUAUCAUAUCUUCAUUGCCGAUAAUGCCGACAGUAAUAGGAAGUCAAGAGCACUCAUAAGCGUUCACUACUCUGUUCCACCUGCAGUAAAUCGCUGGUCCACAGUCCUCGCCGGGACUGAGCACUUCUCACCUGAUGAGGUGGAGGUAUUUUAUCUUGACCCAUCCCGCUAA